AUGAGAGCAUCACAAGUCCUUAACUUUCAAGCCACAGCACAGGCUUCCUUAAGGAGGCCCUGGAAAACGUAUAGAGAUGGAACGCUAUGGUACGGUCAACUUAAAUCGGGGUCAAAAAGACACCCCUUGACUACAAAGCAAGGUAAUAAACACUAUUAUAAAGGUACUGGUUCCUCGGGUAUCGGUAACAUCGAUAGUCGUGGAAGGUAUCAUAUUAAUUGGGACAAGGUGAGGACAUACGUUGUGCCUGUAGGACUUAAUGCAAGCAAAUUGAAGCCAUUAGUAUCGCCGAACUCACCAAAAUUUAUCCAGCAAGUCGAGGGUUACGCUGAUAGCUUCAAAAGUCCCGAGUUAGCCUUACAUUCCGCCAUCAAGUUUGUAGAGGAAGGACCAGGAGCUACGGAAUUGGAUUUUGAGGAAAUGGGAUACGCUGAGAAAAUUGUUAAUCCUAAACUAUUGAAAAAUGAAACACAUAACGAAGAUAACAAAUCCGAAAAAGAGUCAGUGGCGGUAUAA